AUUCUGAGAGCUUCCCGCAGAGCGACUUGCAGAUACCCUGGCUGCCUUGUCUGGCUGACAUCCACCUGUCAGAAAGAGUCCUGAAGGCACAAGCACAAGGUCACCGUCCUGCUGCAGCCCCUUUGCCUGAGCGUUAGACCAGAAAUGUGACUAUGAACAGCAGUACUUGGUGUUAAGCUGGUCCUGGGGCCAUAGACCCUGGGCUUACUCUCUGUCUGGCGACACUGCUGGCUUCCUGCUGCAGAGCUCCUGAUUUCUGUUGGUGGCAGUUGAUAAUUGGUAGCCACAGUCUGCGGUCGAAGCCACAGCUCUUGAGUCUAGCACCUGGGCCAGCCCGCUGCUGCAGGGGGGGAGUGCAGAGACAAAUUCACACACUCUCACCUCCCACACCCCAUGCUGGCUGUGCCUGCAGCCCGAGCUGCAUGCAGAGGAGGCUGCCUGGAGCCCAGGGGAUGCUUUGAACUUGGGGGGGCUGUGUCACGGUUGGACCCCCACUUGCAGAGGCGUCGAUUAUGUCCAGUGACAACCUGAACAGCAGCACACUGCAGGAGUCUCAGUUUAAAGACCUGUUCUUAAGAAAAGCGGAGCUGGAGUUCGCCCAGAUCAUCAUCAUUGUCGUGGUGGUCACAGUGAUGGUCGUGGUUAUCGUCUGCCUGCUGAAUCACUACAAGGUCUCCACGCGUUCCUUCAUCCACCGCCCAGGCCAGAGCAGGCAGCAGGAGGACGGGCUGCAGCAGGAGGGGUGCCUGUGGCCUUCAGACAGCUCCGUGCCACAGCCAGGGCCCUCUGAGAUCAUGUAUGCCCCACGGUCCAGGGACCGCUUCACUGCCCCGUCCUUUAUCCAGAGGGAUCGAUUCAGCCGCUUCCAGCCCACCUACCCCUAUGUGCAGCACGAGAUUGACCUUCCUCCCACCAUCUCCCUGUCUGACGGCGAAGAGCCUCCUCCUUACCAGGGUCCCUGCACACUGCAGCUCCGAGAUGCUGAACAGCAGAUGGAGCUCAACCGGGAGUCUGUGAGGGCCCCGCCCAACCGGACCAUAUUCGACAGUGAUUUGAUAGACGUUUCCAUGUACAGCGGGGGCCCGUGCCCACCAAGCAGCAACUCUGGCAUCAGCGCAACCACCUGCAGCAGUAAUGGGAGGAUGGACGGGCCACCCCCCACAUACAGCGAGGUGAUGGGCCACCACCCAGGGGCUUCUUUCCUCUACCACCAGCGCAGCAAUGCACAGAGAGGCAGCAGACUGCAGCUGCAGCAGAGCAACUCGGAGAGCACAAUAGUACCCAUCAAGGGCAAGGACAGGAAGCCUGGGAACCUGGUCUGAUUCCCUCCGACAUGCACGUGAAUCACGGAGCGAGAAAGCAAGGAGGGAAGAGGCCCUGGAGGCCCUCCUGAGCAGUGCCGUUUAGUCUUACAUGGUACAGCUAAGUAAAACACAUGAGCAAACCAGUCUUUGUUUCCAAUUCCUUUCGGGGGAAUUGCAUGCAAACGAGACUGAAAAGAUACAAACUUCCAUCUGGUCUGACCAUGAACAGUGUUUAUCUGGGGACAGGGGUUGGGAUUGGGGAGUGGGCAGGGGAAACAGAAAGAGAUGCUUUGAAGAUAUCAUGAAAUAAAACCCACAGAGGUAUUUGAUUUAUUUAAUUCUGAAGGGAGACUUUGCAGAUAGAUGAGGCCAGCGUGGCCUGUUUUAUAAUUAACUGAAUAAAGAAGGAAGCAUUAUUCUAUAUUAUCAUGGAGAAGAAUCAGCCAGUUUGCUUUUUCUCCCAAGGUGUGGAACUUUUAUUUUGUUUUAAAAAUAUGAAAUCAAAAUUCCUGUUUUGUGUGCCAAGGUAUAAAGUGGAGAAGUUAAAUGAAUGCAAGGAGCUAAUUUGUGUUGUGAUGAUGUGUUUUAAAGGUUGCACUAUCUUCAUGUUUGGAUAUAUAUGAGAGAACUGUUGUAUGUGAAGUUCUGUUUGUUGUCUUUUCACCUGUGGAUUGUUACUAGUCCCAAGGAAUGUCCUGGAGUGUACCCUAGACUCAUACAAGGUCACUGGGGGUGUAGCCUAAUACUCACCAAUGUGCGUAAAUCAAAAAGGUCAUUGUUGCAAGAAAUUGCAGCAAAUAGCAAUGCAUUGCUGAAGUAUUUGGAAACUUUUAGAUGGGAGAUAAGAAAUACUAGUAAGUCCCAGUGUUUCUGACUGGUCAUUUGAGUUACUCUGCUAGUUGUAGGCUGCGUAUUUUAUUGAAAAUAAAUCUGACACAUACAUUUCUGUAUCCAGUGCUGCCCUUACCCUCUGGCAGUACCAUUUCUUCAGUCAUUUAGAUUUUUUUCUUUCACUGUAGCAUGAAAUUUAUUCAGAUACUUACCUUACUUUAUGCAAUAAAUUGUUUAAAAUGCAAGGUGGCAACUCUGUGCCUGUUGAACUCUCUGGCCCUUCAGUGUGCCCCGUGGACCCCCCCUUCCUGGACAGCCCAGUGCAGCCCUGCAGGGCCGGUCAGUUCAACAGGAGGUGGCGGCAGUCGGCCUGAUACUGCCCGCCUGGCACUUGGUGUGUGUGUGAUGUUGGCAGUGGUUUCUUAUGCUUAGGAAGCCCCUGGAGCUCACGAGCACCAUGUUGCUGAUGGUAGCAAGUCAUCCAUCCCCUCUCUCUGUGUGAGCAUGGCACUCUUAGAGGAAGUGGUGCUCAGAGCCCACCCAGGCCCCUGGUGGGCUCCACUCUGCCCUUCCCAAUUGGCCUUUAUCCUGACGGCAAGAACCAGGUGGUCAUUUAGAAGACAGUGCAGGGGCUGGAGGGACUUAACAGCACAGGAUAAAAAGCACAACAUGCAGUUAAAAUGCAACUAGAAAACGAAUUUUAAAUAUUAUUAGUCUUAGUUUUAAUAUUCCUGAUAUUUAUAAGCAUUCACCCUUACAUACAACUAAAAAACCUUUUGUGAUGUGAGUGCCGGCCUUGUGACACAGCGGCCAACAGGCUUGGCAAAGCUACAUGCGGAGAUGGCUCCUCUGCAGUGGGAGGGCGGCCCUCUCUGGCCCCAUGAAUUAGAUGAACAGGAAUGAUGACUGGGUGACACUGUCUGUGCAGCUUGAAUGCCUAGUGGGUGUGUGUGUGGCUGUGUCUGUCUGGGCCUUGGAGGUGAUUCUGCAGUGAGGUAGCUUUGCAUGUUGCCGGGAGCUGUGUGCUCUCUUCUGUUGCAUAUGGUGGCAGGUGGGCCACUGGCUGGUUGUUUUGAGGAUUGAAAUGUCUGUUCAUCCAUUUCACACAGUAACAUCCACAGAACUAGCUGAACUCUAAGCAGGAGAGAAAGAAAAGAUGGGCACGUCUGGCAGCUUGUUGUAAAACCCUCUGUGCAUUCCUGAGCUGAAGGCCUCGUAGGCAUUCCAAGCUUGGGUUCAGCCUUGCUGCAGUGACACUGGAAAGGGAGAAGACUGCUGUCAGGGCAGAGGUUGACUCAGGGCCAGAGAGGACCUUCCCCCCCCAGCCCCCCCAGGCCUCCCACAAGCUGUGGCCCAGGACUUACUUCACCUCCAUGCUUGAGAAAAGGGGGGUUCUGUCCCAGAAGCCUCUGCUUGCAUGUCAGAGGAAGAUGAGUCGGGCCUUGCUGGGGGGAUUUGCAGUGGAAACUUGGUCAGUUUUCCCCAAGGACACGAAGGUGAGGAAGUGAGCGAGUGACCUCAUUACUCCAGGUCUUGCCCACAGCUUGGGGCGUGGGGGGGGGGCAGGUGAGCCCCACAUCUCCAGCUUAGAAAGGGUUCACGACCCCUGCUGUUCUGCCUGCCUCGGGACCGAGCUCCAGAGACAUCUGGAUUCCUUAGUUACUUUGCAAGUGGAUGAAUGUUUUGCAGACGUCCAGGGUAUUGGCAAGACAAUUAUUUAAUUCAGAUACCUAGAAUUGUCUUUCAAAAGAGAGGUUCCUCCCAUGCAACCACCCUAGAGAAUUGCUUUUUAAGUUAAAUAGUUAAAGACAUACAUAUGAAACCAUGACUUUGAAAGGUCUUUGAGGCUUGGCCUCUAUAAUGAAUUACUUUAAAAGCUAAGGUCAUAAGUUGAAUUAAUAGUCGAUUUGCCUUUAAUGCAGGGAACGAUGUUAGAGAUCAGCAGCUCCUUUGAAGGCAAAGGCUGCCUUCAUGGCCCAUGGCCUGGUGGCCAGCACGGUACAGGGAGGGCAGUUGAUACUUUCGCCGUAGAGCCUGCUGUUCUUUCAAGAACCUUUAGGCUGACGUAACCUAUAGGAGCCUUGGCCAUCAGUGGUAAGUUUAUAAUCCUAGAUUCCAGGGCAGUGUUGCAGUGAGGAUUGCACUGUUGGAAGAACAGAGAGUGGAGACUAAUCUCCUAGGCAUGCCUCCAACUUUGGUCCCUCGUCCUAGGGUGCCUUCUAGGAGUGGGGACCCCAGGGCAUCUAGAAUCCCAUGUGUAGGAACAGUCUUCUAACUUAAGAAACUCUAGUGUUCUUUAAACACUGACACAAUCCUUGAUGGAAAAGAGAUCUUAUGAAACAAAUAUGUACUUAUGGAGUUAAUCUAAUCUUUGUGUCCAAAUUUUACUGAUAAAGAAGCCAGGCCUCCCCACCCCUACAUAAACAUGUGGACACACAACCAAUCCAUGAGACAUUUCAAGACAGCAGAGGAGAAUGUUUAGAACGUACAGUGCCAGGAGCCUCCUGGCACCAGCAUAGGAAAUGGGACACACACUAGUACUUCGUGAAUUUCUGAAUAUCUCCAUUUCUUCUUCUUCAUCUUCCUAAGAACGAAAAGGGGCUCAAAAGGAAGAACUUGUAGAAAGCUCCUCCAAUCUAGAAGUCUCCAUCCCCAGCCCUGCCUUCCUAUCUGAACCCUCAGUUCCCUCCACAGUGGCGAUCCUCUACCUUCCAUCCAGUUGCUUUUCCUCUUAGGAAGAUGCUUGGCACAGAGCCCGUCAGACACAUCCUCAGCCAGACGCCGGCUGCUGGCUCAGGGACAUGCGCCGGCCCGCCCUCCCCUUGUGGCCAAACCCUGUGGGCUCCAGGCUUCUGCUGACAUACCGCAGGCGGCACUGGGAGCCGAGCCACCGUGCUGUGCCCUGGAUGCCCCCUUCAUGGUGUGUUUGCUGCGCUGGUGCUGCCUGCCUACUCAAUUUUGCUAUUUAGAACGGUGGUCUUAACUCCUACUUGUAUACCAUGGAUAUUUUUUGUUAAAAUUCCCAAAGCUCAGCAGUAUAUGAAGGAGAAAGCUGGGAAGGAUGCUUGGUUUGUGUUGACUUUUGCUUUUCUUGCCAGGUUUCUGGGCCCUGGGCUCACUGUGUACCCCCAGCCUUCACUUAGGGAUGCAGGCUGAGCUGCCCCUGCUUACACUGACAGAGAAGCCAUCACGUUGUUGGUAUAGUGAGGGUGAAAGGACGCCCUGGAGGAUAAGCUGGCUGGGAUGGAGCCUCCCUUCUCACUGAGAGGAACCUUUUAUCUACUGGUAGCACGUUAAAAUCACAACCCCCAGAUUACAAGUGAAAAGUUCCCAGCGGCUCCGUGCCUUAUCCAACUUUCACCAAUUCCAUCUCGGGCCCUGCUGCCAGCUGCCAGCACCUCCGGAGACCAGUGCAUGGACACUGGGGGUGCUUUUAGGCUUGCCAGAGCUACGGUGUUUUAGGAAUCAAGGUUUCCGCACAUUGUGUACUCUGAGCGGCUCACAUCUCUGGUCAUGCGGGUUAGACAAUUGCUGCUGCCACAGCUGUGCAAGAUGGGUGCGUGGGGACGCUGCUGUCCCUGGGUGAGGGACUGUCUUGCUAAGAGAGCAGCGUCUUCCUUCAUCCUUUUCUUCCUUCAGCGUGAGUGUGUUUGUGUCACAUGAGAGAAGGGUUAGCGCCAUACAGAGACUCUAGCUACACUAUCCAUGCACCUCAUAUGUUUGUACACACACACACGCACACACACACACACAUCUCGUCGUUUCACAGAGCUCUGCACGUCAGUUCCGGGCUCUGCACACAGAGGACCCGAGCUGCCCCUGCGCUCAGUCGAUGCCACCUUGUCGUGCCUCACUCACAAUGGUGCUUUUUCGGUUGUCUGUCUUUUCUUAUGUUUUUAUUUGUAAGGUGCUGUAUAUAAGUCACAUAUAUUAUGCACAUAUCCUACCCAAUGGGUAGAACAAAACCUUGUUCAUACUGUAAUAUACUGUAUAGAUGAUACCAAUUUUAACAGAAACGGCAUAGAAUUUGUGAAUGCCUAUGUGCUUCGUCCUUUUUUGUAAGGAAAUUUGCAAAUGGAUGCAUACAGAUAAAAGUCUAUGUAGUUUAUUUUCCUAUUAAAUAUCAAUAUUAUAACACAAGGGAAAGAAGUCUGAACAAGCAACAGUUUAUGACCAGCGUAUAUAUAGCAAUUGAAAGUUGCAUCUUUGCUGUGAAAAAACUUUUUAAAAAGUUUUUUUUUGUUUUAAAUCCCAGGUUUUGGUUGCCACCAGAUGCUUCUCAUUUUAAUCACUUUAGUAAUGCUCAGUCGAACCAGCAUUUGUUGUAUUUCAGUAAGAAAAAAAUGUUGAUGUUUUUCAGCUUGCUUUGUGAGUAGAUGUGAUCUCCUGCUAUCCAGCGAAGACGUUAGGCCUCGGUGAAGAGUGCAGACUCUGCUGUGGCCACUGCAGAGAGGGCGUCAGCCUGUCGGCCUGCAGCGGAGGCUCUGUUCAGCCGCGGAGGCGUUCCUGUCUGUCCUAUGUCCCAAGUCUCUCUGUGCCUUUCUUUUUCUUUUACAUUGAAGCUGUGGAGCCAAUGAACUAGCAGUAGAGAUUGUAGGGAAAGAUACCUCAGGAAAAAGAGAUCCUAUUCAGAGGAGACCCUGUUUUUACAGAAAUGUUUUGUUAUGGGUUAGCACUAGAAGAGAGCCUGCUGCGUGUGAAUCCCGGAUCCCUUCCUGUGUCCUGUUGUAACCCAGACCCAAAAUGCAAACGAGGCUUUGCCAUCAGGCUGAGGUUACAUUUUCAGCCGUAUGUUAAACUCCACCUCUCUUCCAGCUUUUAGUACGUUUAGUGUCUGAUUGACUUCUGCAUUUUAAAUAUUCUAAAACUUUUUUUUAUUGAGACAGUCUCAGUUUGUCACCCUCUGUAGAGUGCUGUAGCGUCACAGUUCACAGCAACCUCAAACUCUUGGGCCCAAGCGAUUCUCUUGCCUCAACCUCCCCAGUAGCUGGGACUACAGGCGCCUGCCACAACGCCCAGCUGUUUUUUUUUUUUUUUUAAGCUGGCCCAAGCCGGGCUCGAACCCACCAGCCCUGGAGUAUGUGGCUGGCACCCUAACCACUGAGCUAUGGGUGCCCAGCCAAUUCUAAAACUUUCGUUACAGAAAAAGAAAACCCGUAACACCAUGUUCAUUGAAACCACUAUUUAUUCGUGGGUGUGAGCAUCCUAUCUGGUGUUGUCCACAAAGGCAGUCUGUGGGAUUUUGCCCAUCUGAUCCACAUUAUCAGUUUAUUCUGCCAUCUGAUGAUAUUAAUUCUAAUCAAUUCCACUUUUUUAUUUGGUCUGUGGUAUAUGUUCUGAUUUUGAAAAUCACAGUAGAAUCAUACCCCUAAUAUCCAGAAAGCAAGUUUUUGCCAAUUAUUCUUAAUUGGAAAACACCUCUAUAAUCAAGUCUUAAUGCUGAGUGGAUAGCAGGCAGCCCCCUUCUCUUACUGUUUGAGAGGCCAUCAGAUGAUGGUCUCGUGUAGUCUGGAGCCCCCAGACUGGUCUCAGCUCCCUCUUGUACCACAGGGGCACCUUGGGAAUCAGCAUUAAGAACCGAGGCUCAUUUGUGUCGGAAACAAAGCUCCUACCCACCAGGUUCAGAAUCUUGGGUGAACUGGUGAGCAAGAGAAUGUUCUGGACUCAGAGGUAAAAGCUGUUACCACACCACUGCUUCCUUUCUACAGAAUUAACCGAGGCUUAAACGUCACUGUUGAUAAUACUGGUUCAUUUCCAUGUGCUUGUUGGUAUAUUGCUAUUUUUCAUUUCAAGGCUUUCAAAAAUAUUUUUUAAUUGUAUACUUUUCAGUUUAAAGUUGUUUUAAAAUAUACAAUAUUAUUCACAGUAUUUAGUUCAUUUAAUUUUUAUCAUAAAGCAAUCUACUAAAAAUGUACAACUGUAUUUGAGCUUUUCAAUAGUUGGUUUUGAGCUAUGGUAAUCAGAAGUCAUUAAGUCUCCUUUUUUAACAAACAUCUGUGCUUACUUUUCAACAUAAUUCCCACUUAAAUACAGGAAAAUAUUUCCAACUGUCAUGUAUCUGCCUCUUUUAACUGAGCAAUGGUGAUGUAGUUCUUAGACCUAAGGUCUGUAAUUGCAAUACUUUUAAAGAAAGAUGUUGCUCUAAGUGCUGUUUGUUAGUUAUGAAUUCAGAUUUUUCUGCUUGUUCUCAAUGCUGUGAUCAAACCAUAGCACAGAAUCAUUAAAAAUAAUCAAUGAUG